AAACAGCAUAACCUAAGAAGGGGAAUUUCCCUCACAGAGCCGAGAUGGACGGGCCGAGGAAGAGUCACUUGAUUCGGUGUGCUGUAGUUUUUUUCCUUCUGCCUGCUUUAGUCUUUUCAUCAUGCCCUCCUGGAAUGUUUCAAUGUUUAAACGGUAAAUGCAUUGACAAAGGCUGGUUCUGUGACAACCAAAACGAUUGUGGAGACAACUCUGACGAAUAUUUCUGCAGCAAUCAAUACGAAUUUCGAUGUCCACCUCAUUGGAUGUUUUGUGGAAGGAAGUGUUAUCCGCCUGCUUUCCGAUGUGAUGGAAAAGUUCAUUGCGAUGACCAAGCGGAUGAAAAAAAUUGCGAAAAUACUAAUGGAACAAAAUCGAUAGCCAUCAGUUCGAAACACAGCUUGGUCGACUGGUUUCUAAGAAGGAGGGAAAAUGGAACGACCAGCAACAAGUGGGGUCACGAAUUACCCAGAACGGCAGUGGCACUUUUUUUAUCAGACCCAGCUUUCUUCGCACCAGGAAACCUCACCGCUCAAGAGAUGGCCUACGAACUCACUAUCCAAUUGCUGUCUAAGUUCUCUCAGAACAGAACAUUGUCUUCUGCAGAUCUAGCUUUGUACAUCAACGCAAUGCUGGUAACUUGCAUCGACCCCAGAAAUUUUCAUGGACAUGACCUAGUAUCUGAGUUGCGAAAGAGUGUGGAGGAAGAAAAGUUCACAAAUCCCUUUGAAAUUAUCGCGCUAUGUAAUGCCGGAGAUACUAUGACUUCCAAAGAUGUUGGAAGAAUUUUGACAGCUUAUAACUCUGAGCACAGACCUUUCUGGAUAGAUAUCCAAGCUCUCUCUGCCAUGGCCCUGGUAUGUCUCUCACAACAGCCCACCCUAAAUGUGGAACAAAGGAAUCUACGCGAUAUGGUUUUAGAACUAAAGAAGCUGCAGCAUUUAAAUGGAACAGUUGAAAAUUUGAGGACUACCGCUGUCGUGCUUCAAGUCCUGAAUGCAGUCAAAAAUUUUGGUUCAGAUUUUGAUUACGAAGCCGCCAUAGAAGCGAUUUUACAACAACAGAAAGAUGAUGGAUCCUUCCCAAAUUUCCUGGAUUCUUAUUAUAUCCUGCCAGCCCUCAGCAACAACAGUCUCGUCAGCAUCAAUACCAGUCAUUGCCAGAACUCGCAAAUUACAGGCGAAGAAGCUUUAAAGAAACUUCGGAGCCAAAGUGGGAAGCAAAUCCAGGUGCACUAUUCAGUUUUUGUUGAUCAGGAUAUGGACUUCGUUCGCACGUGGAAGCUGAAAGUACCGGUUGGAAGUACUCUGUAUAAUGUGAUGGAAACCAUACAAGAGCUGGAUGAUAGAUUUAGGGUACAAUACAACGUUUUUAAUGGGAAGCCUUACCCCUACGCGAUGUUCAACCUAGAAGAUGAUCCAGAGAGCGGACUAUAUUGGUUCGUCUACAAAAGGAGUUCGAGAUCAAACGCUCCGCAACUUAUGGAAGCUAGUCCCGUCGAUAUUCAGAUUCGAGAGAACGAGGAACUGAUCCUUUGGUACAGAAAUGGGCAUUGGAAUGAUCAUCAAACUGCUCUGAACGUGACGUCUACAAGUGAAUCUCCGUAAAAUUCAGCACCCACUCCCUCGUCAAUCGCUGAUGCUACUGUUGCCUCAACUUCAAUUUCAUUUCCUAGAUUAGAACCUAAUUAUAUAUAUGUAUGUGCUAAAAAUAUAUAUGCCGCAAAAAAAAUGAGGAAGCUUUUUAUAACGCAUCAGUAAAUAUACAUUU